CGUAUUUCACGCAUCGAACUUGUGGAACUUCCUUAAUUGUCCCUUUAUCUUAGAGAUUUCUUUCUCAUUAUUUUCUGAGGUUUAAGGCCUGCAUCAUUCUUGAACCUGCAUCUGAAUUCGAAGAUUUUCAUCCAUAUAUCAUUAUACACUGGAAAUUCAGAGGCGUAAAAGAUAUUCUUCGCAGUAUGAUUACCGUAAACUCAGUUAAGAUGAAUCACAUGGUCGUGUUUGACUUUUAUAUCUGCAAUCAAGAAGAAAAUUCAUCUGAACUGGACUGUGACAAUGUGGAAUUUGAGUUCGAAUUCCAUAGUGGUAUCUGUCGCUGCUACGACGAGAUAUUAGGCACUAAAUACCGCAACACACAAACUUGUCCCAUUUUACUCCGUCGGAUAAAAGGAUGCGGUAUACGAAUUUUGGAAACAGAGUACAAUCACCAUUCUAGAGAAAGUGAUGCAGAGAGUGAGAUAAGCAAGAAGCAAAAGAAGCGAAUGAAGAUGACAGUUACAACAUCUCGAAAACCUUCCAACUUACCUGUAGUGGGCAAAAAAAUAUCGGUUCUUAAUCUUGAGCUUUCAUUAGGUCUUGGUGGAGUUUCGAGCAACUUUCAUGGGGAUGAAACAUUGAUGGAUCAUUCACUUUGUCUUUCUUGUCCAUGUCUUGAGAAGGAAGCUUUGAAUGUUGAUCACAUAAUAACAGAACAACAAGAUAAAGAGACCCUAGUCGAGAAUCAUUUGUCGUUUCCACAACUCAUUAACUUGUUUAGGUGA